GCAUGUGACGUAUACUGUCAAAAUAAACGAAACACCUGUUUACGAAAAAAUAUAGUUUUAUUUUUGCGAAAUGUCGGCACAAUAUAAAAAAAUCUUUAUAACAGUUGGUACAACAAGAUUUGAUUUACUUUGUGACUACAUCGUGACCGAACCUGUAUUGACAGCGUUGAAAAAUAUCGGCUGUAAGGAGAUUACAUUUCAGAUUGGCAAUAGUAACGCUGAACCCGGUGAAUUUGAGAAGAAUGGUAUUAAAAUAACCAUGUACAGGCUUAAGGACUCUAUUCUAGAUGACAUAAAGAACGCAGACUUAGUUAUAAGCCACGCUGGUGCUGGCAGUUGUCUAGAAAGUUUGGAAGCAAACAAACCUCUUUUAGUAGUUGUUAACGAAGAUCUUAUGGAUAAUCACCAAUUGGAACUAGCUGAACAACUUCAAAUUGACUCUCAUUUGUAUUACUGCACCUGUGAUACUAUAAUAAGUACAUUAAACAUGGUAGAUUUCACAUUGUUAAAUCCUUUCCCAAAAGCUGACCCAUCACUGUUUGUAAAUUAUUUAGAUAGUGUAUUUAAAGUUGAAAAAAUUGAUUAGUUGGUUAUCAUUUGUAACAACUUUAUCGGUCACAUUCAUUAAACCUAUGUAUUCAGAAAUAGCAAAACAAUACAAGUACCAAUUAAAUUGAAGUUAUCAGUUAAUAAUAUUCGCUAAUAACUUCCUUAUAGUACAAAGUAACUAUGUUCAGCAAUUAUAAAACAAAUAUGGUGGACUGCAAUUCUAAACAUUUGUUUAUAUAUAACUU